GCAGCGGCCGCUUCUCCCAGCUCCCCUUGGGAGCGCCGCCUCCAGGAAGCCUGCCCUGAUUCCUCCACUCCCACCCCCGCCCCUGUUCCGAAGCUACACUCGGAGGAGUGAGUGGGGUCCCCCUGCAGAGGGAGCGAACGGGACUUUGGGGCCAGUUACUUACCUUCCCAGGGCCUCAGCCCCCCCGGUGUAACCAGAGAAGGGUCUCCGAGGCCUCCGCCACUUUGGAGCUUCUCGGAACGGGGAAUGUUUCUUGGGGGUUUGGGGGCGGAGGAGAGGGAAGCAACCCCUCAGGCCUGGAGAAAAGGAGGAGGGAGCGCGGCCUUGGAACUGGGAUACAAUGUUGCACGCCAGCCUUCACUUGUAUCAGGUGUCACAACAUUCCCAGAGGGGUCCAAGACACCUAAAAGGAAUAGUCACGGUCCAAGAACAAAGUCUGAGGAAGUUUCGUUGGUGCUGGACGUUUGAAAAUGAACAUUUGGGUUGCUCUCCUUGCCUUUGCUUUUUGUAAAUUUCUCCAACAGAUGGAAGCAUCUCCUUUCAGCUGCAUUCCCAGAAAAACCAUAAAGUAUCAAAAUGAUAGCAAAGAAUUUGGAAAAUCAGGAUUCUCUAAUUUUUCAACACUCUUAAUGAAUAAAGAAACUGACACCUUAUUUAUCGGCGCCAGGGAAGCUGUCUUUGCUGUUGACUUGAAUGACAUCACUAGAGAAAUGGACAGUGUGUAUUGGUUUGCCAGUGAAGGUAGGCGGCUGGAGUGCAUCCAUAGAGGGAAAAGCACAAUACAAUGUCGAAAUUAUAUCCUCCUCCUCCACAAGAUAAAUAACACAACUUUGUAUGUUUGUGGGACUAAUGCAUUUCACCCAGCUUGUGAUUCCAUGGUUAUCAACAAUACAGAAAUGCAUCUAGAGGGCAGUGACAAGGAGAGCAGAGGGAAAUGUCCAUUUGAUCCUACCCUCAAGUAUAGCUCCGUGUUCGUUGAUGGUGCACUUUACUCAGCUACCUAUAACAACUUUUUGGGUACUGAGCCUGUUAUAUUUCGGGGUCUGGAAAAUCAUUUAAGGACAGAAUUCAAAACAUCUUGGUUGAAUGAACCCAGAUUUGUUCAUAUGGAUUUCAUACAAGAGAGCAGAGGAAAUACUGAUGGAGAUGAUGACAAAAUUUAUGUAUUCUUCACCGAAACAGCUAUUGAAUUUGAAUUCUAUGAGAAGCCUCUAGUUUCCAGAAUUGCUCGAGUCUGCAAAGGUGACCUCGGUGGGAAACGGCUAUUGCAGAAGAGAUGGACAUCAUUUUUAAAAGCCAGCCUCAUCUGUUCUCUUCCAGAAUCAGAUUUCCACUUUAACAUUGUUCAGGAUGUUUUUUUACUUAAGACAGGGGACUGGAGAGAAACAAUCUUUUAUGGGAUUUUUAUGCAGCAAUGGGGGAAGUUGGAUACCACCGCAGUUUGUGCUUAUAGUAUGAAAACAGUUCAAGAUGUUUUCUCCAAAGGAAAAUACAAAGGACUUAUAACCAUGGAAAAUUCUCAUGUUAAGUGGGUGAUGUACAGAGGAGAAGUUCCUGUCCCUCGACCUGGUGCUUGUAUUAAUAAUUUUGCUCGGAGCAUUGGAUUUAACUCUUCUCUUGAUUUGCCUGAUAAAACCCUACAGUUUGUGAGAGAACACCCAUUAUUGCACAGUGCCCUUCAUCCAAUUGGGGGUGUGCCUGUGUUACUGAAAAGAGGCUCAGUUUAUACUAAGAUUGUAGUAGACAGAAGAAUUGGUCUGGAUCAAAGAACCUAUGAUGUUUUAUUCCUAGCCACAGACAAUGGCUAUUUGCACAAAGCUUUCAACUGUGAUGGGAACAUGUUCAUUGUGGAGGAGUUGCAACUAUUCCAGACACCAGAAUCUGUGCAAUCUCUCAAACUGUCUGCAGAAAAAGGCAUGUUGUAUUUAGCAUCAUCUAGUCGGGUGGUUCAGGUCCCCGUGGCUGUGUGCAGCCGACACCAGCACUGCCUGGAUUGCAUCUUGGCUCGAGACCCGUACUGUGCUUGGUCCCAGAAACAGAGCCAGUGUGUUUCUGCAGUGGGCUAUACCAAUCACUCUGAGGUUUUGAUUCAGAAUAUUAAAAGUGGAGAUAUUUCAGAGUGUCCUGAAGUGGACAGGCCCAUUCAAAAUGUUAUCGUGGCAGCCGGGCAGAGCAGCCAGCUGAGGUGCUCCCCUCUGUCCAACCUGGCCUCCACCCUGUGGCGAUUCAAUGGGAAACGCCUCCGAGCAGAAGAAACAAAGUAUCUUCUCUAUCGCCAAGGAUUGCUGGUGUUUAAUAUAACAGAGGCGGAUUCUGGACGCUAUGAUUGUCAGUCGGUAGAAAAAGUCGGUGGGAGAGAGCUGUUCACCACUGUGGAGAGCUACGUCCUUAACCUUUGGUCGGAGAGUCUGGUGAGCCUAGUGAAAGGCAGCUCGGAGUGGCCUCAAGCCGAGACGGCCCCGCCGAGCUUCAAGUCCGAUUCCAGAAGAUACAGGGACCCUGCCCCCUGGGGAGCCCAGAACGAGAAGAUCCUCUCCAAAAUAUUCAUCUCGUUGUUUGCCUUUCUCUUUUUCUCCUUGUUGUCCUGGAAUUUUGUCAAAGGGCUCGCGUGUCUGCGCACUACGGUCCAAGAAAAGGCCCCAAAUACAAUAAAAUUAGAUAGCUUGGGAGAGCUUCCUUUGGAAUCGGAGGAGCCGAGCCAUCGAAAGCAGGCGACCUUGGCCGUCAACAGCUCCUCCUCUCUGAUGCCCCUUGUCCUCUCUUCCUCAGAGGGUGACUCUAGGAACGCCAGUGCCAGCAACAAUGCCGCCCCGGUGCAGUGAGUGAGUGGGACUGAGGGAGAUGAGGGGACCCCCGUCCCCCCAGGGCGGAGCCGAGCAAGGAGGCCCCUGCUCCUCCACAAGGCGCAGCAAGCCGGGAUUCAUUUUCUGGCACACAGCCUGAUCUUUAAAACAUCUUCAGAUUUGCAAAAAAUAAAAAGAGAGACAGAGAUGAGAGAGAAAGAGAAUUAAAAAUGUUUUUUCAGAGUUG